AUGGAGCUGUCUAGUGCUGCGGGCGCCUUGCGCACACUCAAGAACCGGCCAAAAGUCCCUCAAAGCGCUGUGGACACGGCGCAAGCUAUUUUGCACAUUCUACUUCCUUCAGAUCCAGUCUCCGUGUGCACUGACGAAGCAACGCGCCGUGAGGGACUGCAGCAGGAACUACAGACUCUACUUUUGUAUGGUCGCGAGCGCUGGGAACCGCUUGCUGUGUUUUUUGUCGUCGUGCGGGACAUUUUGGAGACUCCGCACGUUGUGUCCACGACUUUAUCGGAGACUUUCGUGACGCAAACAAUCAAGCACGCGGUGCAUCAAUACUUGGAGUACUAUGAGCCGCGAGUUCGCAUGGCAAUUGCCACUUUGCUCGGUGUUUUAGCCAAGUGGGACCUCGCGUGGGUCUCGCACACGUUUUUGCCGCAACUCGUGGACUCGAUCGAGGCAAAUCUCAGUCGCUCACCUGAGUUUGAAGACACUGGAUUCGACGAAAUGGAUGAUAACAUCAGUACGAAUGGCAUGACGACACCGCCGCUAUCUCCCUCGGGUCAAGAGACGACGCCACGGACGCCAUCGACGCCUUAUCGACUGGACGACGUGAGCGGCUGGAAAGCACUGGAGAGUUCGUUGUGUGCACUCAAGUACAUUAUCAAAGCAAGUGGCCAAGCGUUCCUGGAAAAGACAAGACACAAGUCGGAGACGAGGGGCACGAUACUCGCGGAUAUUGCUCCUGUGGGGUUCCUAGAAGCUCAUCGUCCGACUGUGAGCGACAUCUUGAACAAGUGCAUCAAGCGCGGCCUGGAGGACAAUUGGUGCCAAGUGCGCUACGCUGCGUCAAUCGCAGCACGCAUGUUUUUGCUGAAGUUGCAGGAUCAGGGAAGGAAGGCGUAUUUGCCUAUCUUGCUCCCGAGACUGUGUCUGAAUCGCUAUUACAUUGCCGAGCGCGUGCAAAAGUACUCACAAGAGUCGUGGACAAUGAUUGUGGGUACCCAUGGGCGCGAGUUAGUCGCCACGUAUGCCAACGAGAUUGUGGACUAUUACGUGGAGAUGACGAGCCACUGUGUCCGCGAAUCGGCGUGCCAGUGCAUUGCCGAACUCGGGAUGAAAGUUGAUCCGACAGCGAUUCGCCCACACGUUGGCCGUCUUAUGCAGGCUCUCCUCAUUUGCUUCUACGAUGUUUCGAAUUUAGUGCGUGACGCAGCGUGCCUGGCUUCAGCACAGCUGGUGCUUGGUUUUCCUGAGGAGUGCCGUCCGUUCCUCGAGGAGUUAUACCGCUUGUGGAUUGACCAUCUUUCAGAUUACGUUUGGUCCGUGCGCGAAGACGCUGCUAUUGCUCUUGGUAAUGUGAUCCGUGCAUAUGGCAAAGAAGCACUUGACCGCGUGGUCGAUGUCACUCAAGAGUACUUGCCGCUGGCGGAGAAGCAGCCGGCCAUGACACAGCUAGAGUACGAUGAAUUGAUGCGGUCGGAAAAGAAGCACUUGAGCAAGCAGGCUUUCUCUUGCUGCUCACUAGAGCCUAAACUGUUCGAACGCCACGAACACCGUGAGAAGGAACCGUGGGAGUACACUGACGGUGCGAUUUACAUGGUGCGGGAGCUUUGCAGUGUGGCUCCCGACGUUGCUGUGAAAUAUCUGCCGCAAGUCGCGGACAUUGCGAUUCUUCGUCAUUUUCCUCAAACAGCUGUCCUGCAGGAAACGAUUUGGAAACAGCUGCCUGUUAUGUGCGAGACGUUGGGCAAGAAGGUGUUCAAGCGAUACCUCGAGCUAUUCUUCGACCCUCUGGUCUUUACGCUCCAGGGCACGAACCGUCUCGCAACGUUCGCUGCCCGUGAUUGUGUCGCACAAAUCAGUAAACAGAUUGGACCUAGCAUCUUUCUGGGCCGCCUGGAUGCGAACGCAGCGUGGAAAGAGGUUUUGGGUCCUGUUGUACCGGUGCAGCCGUACAUGAUGAAGUAG